UCUCUCUCUUUCUCUUUCUCCCUGUCUUUCUCUUUUUGUACCUCCCUCUCUUUUUCUUCCUUGCUGCGCGCUGUUAUAUGUAUACGCUACUUCUCUCGCGAUUUCACUAGUGCACGGUGCGAGAGCGAGCGCGUAUCCACUCGGCGAUAACGUGACUGCCGAAUAGUAAUCGUCGGAUUGUUUAGGCGUGUUGAAUCAUCGUCACGACCUCAGAUCGCCGCUCGCGGUAGCCCUUCAGGUAGCCCGAGAGAUCACAUGUGCUUACGAGUCACUCUUGCAGAGCCAGCAGUGCGAUCGAAAACCCGACGAUUGUUGCGUGAUACUCGAAUUUAAUUGACGUUCCUAACCUCACUUUGCGAUAUCGCUCGCUCUCUCUCUCUGUCUUUCUCUCUCUUUCUCUCUUCCUCUCUUCCUCACUCAUUCACUCACUCACUCACGCUCUGUCACUUUAUCUCUCUCUCUCUCUCUCUCAAUCUCACUCUUCCUUCUGUAUCGGGCACGGAGAGAUGUCAGUUUAACAUCGACGAAAAAAUCCAGUUGCAUUGCUCUCGCGGCUGCUGCUCACCUCUAAAUACUGCUUAACUCGAUAACUCGAUAACGUACGUCUCCGUUGCGUGUGAAGGAAGGGAUGCCACGAGGCAAGCGUAGAGUACUUUCUAAUACAAAUCACAAUCACACUUCUGUUGAAAUGUCACCUAGUGCCCAUGAGGAAGGUUUACCUAGACAUCCUUCAAAACGAUUAAGACAACACACUCCCAGUGCCCGGCGCUAUAUGAAAAACGAGGAUGUAUCCAGUGCGUCAACUUUUUCACAGAAGCGUUGUAUUACUUGGUUCAGGGAAUAUACCACACCAGACGAACCGGAUACUCUAGGGCCUGAAGGAAUGGAGAAAUUUUGCGAAGAUAUCGGGGUAGAACCCGAAAACGUAGUAAUGCUCGUUCUUGCAUAUAAAAUGAAUGCACGUCAAAUGGGCUUCUUUACACUGAGCGAGUGGCUGAAAGGUUUUUCGGAACUUCAGUGCGACUCUAUUAGUAAAGUACAACAAAAGCUCGAGUACCUAAGGAAUCAAUUAAACGACCCACACACGUUUAAGGGGAUUUACAGAUAUGCUUACGACUUCGCUAGAGAUAAAGAUCAACGAAGUAUGGACAUGGAAACCGCAAGAGUAAUGCUACAGUUGCUUUUGGGUAAACAUUGGCCACUGUUUACGCAAUUUGCUCAGUUCCUAGAUCAAUCCAAGUACAAAGUGAUCAAUAAGGAUCAAUGGUGCAACAUAUUAGAAUUCUCACGUACAAUAAAUCAUGAUUUAUCCAAUUAUGAUUUAGAUGGAGCAUGGCCAGUAAUGCUCGACGAAUUUGUUGAAUGGUUAAAAAUUCAACGAGGUGAGGAUGCGUCAUCGACAGAAGCAAGAGGCAGCUGAAACAUCUUAUGAGAAUAGUCCAUUGAACUAAGAACAAUUCAUCAUUUUUUUUUUAUCAUAAUUCUUUGUUGAUAAUGAAAUUUCCGUUCACGGAUCGUACCCUCGCGACAUUUCACUUGAUCAUACGUUACAUUCGUACUAUUCUUCCCUUUUUUUUAUUAAACAAUAAUAAUAUAAGUAGCUUAUCUUUUAAUAUGAUUUACGGUAUCUCUUUUAUGACUCGAUUGAGUAUCGCGUUCAAACGUUCUUGGUUACUCUCAUCACUACUUACAGUUGAUCCGGGGUUUGUCGCAGAAACUCGUGUGGUUAAAAAUAAAACUAUUUUGAUAUAUAAAAUUUACUUGUGCAAUUUUUGUAAGAAUAAUUUCGAGAUAACGAAUUCAAUGAUGUAAGCAAGCUAAAAUCAUGUAACGUUUUUCAAAUUGAGUAUAAUGCUUAAGAGGACGAUUACCAUCAACUUCCAGUGAUUGUAGAAUGCACACUUUAUGUCAUUGCGAAUAUGUUAAACAUAUUAUUUAAAUAAACCGAUAAAAGAGCAGCCAUAUACGACUUUCACAUUCCAUGUCGUUUAGUUAACGUCGGUAAUAUAAAUUGUCUCGGUACUCACAAAUUUUGAUUAAAUUUUGAUAAUACGUUUUUAAUUUUGUAUUUCAUUUGUGCCGCUAAAAGUCUUAUGUAAUAUCGACGAUAUUUUUUACAAAAUUUUCUAUAUGUGUAAUAUUGUCAAUGAAUAAAUUAAUCACGAAUAUCAUUAAGUAGAAUCAUCGGCAAGAUAAAACAUACAUUAUGCCAGGUGCUACUACACAACGUUUAGUAUUCUAAAAGCAGUAUCAUAAAGUGUCGAUAUCAUGCUAUUUAGUCAAAAUUAAGUAAACUUUGUAAAAAUGCUGAAAUUAUCGAUGUAUAUUAGAAUAACGAGAACUCUUAUUAAAACAUGGUAAUAUUUAUUAAGUAUUACUUCUCGAUCUUUCGAAUUCACCGAUAUCAUGAUCUAUGCUUUAUUCGAUAAGAUAAAAUCCAUAAUACAAAAAAGGGACUUUUGUUUCGUGAUUAUUCAUUUACGAAAAAAGAAAAAAAUAUAAUAAUAUGUGUACCUCAAAUUAAUAUUUUACUCACAAUAUUAAUAAUGCGUGUAUCCGUUAAUUGUUAUAUUAUUCAAUUUCUGCGACUCUCAUCUAAAAUUUUUAAUAUCAAGAUUUAAUAUUUUAAAGCAUACAUGUCGCCUCCAACAACUUCUACAGAGAUUUCGAAACUGUAUGUAUGAUGAUUAUAUAAGACAACUAUGUAAAAUAUAUUAGUUUGAUAAAGUGGUAAUCCCGUUUCCAUUUAAUGGAUUUAUCGUGGUUUAAUAGACUUAUUUUUUCAAUUUAUGCGUCACUGAAGAGUUAUCCUGUAAAUAAAUUUUAUCAAGAAAGAAUCAUAUUAACAAUUAACAAUCACAAGUUUGUUCAAUUGUUAAACUUAUUUCAUAUACUCGAAUAUACAUAUAUUUCUUCUGCAUGUGUAUUUCUAUUACAUCAAUAAUGUAAUUAGUACUAUGUAUAUUAACGAUAUAAUUCUCACGCGUUUCUCUUAUAGUCUCCUAAAUACAAAGAAUAUAAAUUUUCUGAAAAGGAAAUCUAUAUUCAUUGUAGAUUUACGCGGAUUAUAAUUCGUUUUAAGCUGCAACUAUUACUGCCGUAUUUGGGGCAUAUAUAAUGUACUGGAUAUGAUAACGAGAAGUAAAUAAAAUACUUUUUCCAGUA